AUUUCGUAGACACAUCAUCGAGCGCCAUUAUGGUAGAUCUCUCUCUUCAAAACCUUGGUAGCAGCCAGUCACCAUCAACCGUGGCAAGGCUCCAUGAUUCUUUCAUCCUGUCCCAAGUGAUUCUUGGAUCUGCCCUGUGUGAACAGCAAGCUGUUCUCAGAUGAAUUAGACUAAUGCAAUCCUUUAAUCUGGCGGUUGGCAAUUUCAUUCUCGAAUGUUGUCUCCUGACAGGCCAGGAACAACGACAUUGUCCAGGAGAGUCACCAAGUCUAACAAAGAGACGAGACAAACAGGCAGGAACUCCCCUCUUCCGGUACUUUCAUCUUUGUUAUGGGAGAAACACACAGAGGACAAAGAAAACAUCAAGACAUAUAUUAAGCGUCAAACCCUUCAAGGUACGCCGCACAGACAUGACACGCCUAUCCUUGGGCAGGAAUGGCGCACAACCUACAUCAGACAGACAGCAGGACACUUUCAUCAGGGGUGCAGUGUAUUACCAACGAUGGCGCGACCACCGAGAGGGCCUCGAGGCCAUCGAGGCAAUCACAGUAACGGCAUCCACAAGCACAAUCGCAAUGGAGUGCAUGGACACGGCAAUGGCAAUGUCAUUGGCGGGUAUCAGAGCGGCGGCGGGAACCACGGCAGUCAGUAGAAUUGGAAUGGAAACCGAAAAGGCUUUGGUCAGAACAACAGCAAUGGUAGGGAUCAAGCCGGCGGCGACCUCAGCAACAUAAACAGCAACAACAACAACCACCGCAAAGGCAGUAAUAACAACCGGAAUGGUGAUGGUUAGCAACAGGACUGGAGCCAAUACCUCUACAAUCUCUUGACUUUGGGGAACGCAAC